AACACUCUCUUAUCAAUAAAUUAGCUCACACAGUUUCCUGAGGAAACUCUGAGUGCUGCUGUGAACUUACACAUGAGGGGCUGUGAGACAAACACUCUUUUUUUGCACUUUUCGCGGGUUUAUUGGGUGACUGACUAUGGCAAGCCGGUCCAACUGUUUUUACUGUCGUGAGGACCUCAGUGGAAAGAAGUUCGUGAGGAAAGACGAGAAACAAGUCUGUGUGCGAUGCUUCGACAAGUUCUGCGCAAACACCUGCACAGAGUGUCGACGCACGAUCAGCACGGACUCCAAGGAGCUUCACCAUAAGGGGAAAUACUGGCACUCUGAUUGUUUCCGAUGUGCCAAGUGCUAUAAGAAUCUGGCCAAGGAGUCUUUCACCUCCAAAGAUGACAGGAUCCUGUGUGGGACGUGUAGCUCACGUGAGGACGCUCCUCGCUGCCAUGGCUGCUACAAGCCCAUACUGCCAGGCACUGAGAAUGUGGAAUACAAAGGCAACUCAUGGCACGAUGAGUGUUUCAAAUGCUAUCAGUGUCAAAAGCCAAUCGGCAACAAGAGUUUCAUAACAAAGAACAACAAUGUCUACUGCAGCCCUUGCCAUGAGAUGAAAUUUGCCAAACAGUGUGCUUGCUGUAAGAAGCCCAUUACCACAGGAGGUGUGAAUUACCAGGACCAGCCGUGGCAUUCAGAGUGCUUUGUGUGCUCCUCCUGCCGAAAGCCUCUGGCGGGCACCCGCUUUACCUCCCACGAGGAGAAAGUCUACUGUGUGGACUGCUAUAAAAGCACUGUGGCCAAAAAAUGCAGCGGUUGCCAGAACCCCAUUACAGGAUUUGGCAAGGCUACGAAUGUAGUGAACUACGAGGGUGGCUCUUGGCAUGAUUACUGCUUCAACUGUAAGAAAUGCUCCCUCAACCUGGCCGACAAGCGCUUUGUUGCUCACAGCGGACACAUUUACUGCUCCGACUGCUCCAAGAAACUGUAAACACUCAGAAGAGGGAGAUUACUUUAGAAAAAUAUCAGCCUUCUUUUGAAUUUAUACAAAAAUCCCACAUAAAAAUGUUGAAGUAUUGACAAAGGCUUCUGUUGUGUUGAUUCUGGCAGCUUUUUGAGGGGAGUUUGAUGUUUCCUGUGAGGAAUGUUUCGUUUACCUUGAGGCUUUGAUAGGAAAACUUAUCCUCUCUUUUUCCAAUGACCCAUUUGUCUCAGGAAAGAUAGUAGGGCGGGAAGAAAGACAGAUAGUAAAAUAAGUGUUUUUGAGAAUGUGAAGCCUGUUUUUGAGAUGUAUUGAUCUUUCAUUUCACAUUUAAUGAUGCCAAAUAAAGCUUUGGGUUGGUAACUUUUAGCCUAUAAUCAUGACCAAUGAAUAUUUCAGUGAUUCAGCAGAUUCCUUUCAAGAUACUUUCAUAUAAAAUACCAUAUUGGAAAAUUAAAAUGUGUAGGUUUUGUCUGUCUCCUUACUUAUACGUUAUCGUUAAUGCAAUUAACAUGAAUAAUCCAUUUUCAUUUCUUUGUAUAAACUGAAAAAUAAAGUUAAGUAUCUGAGAAAUCU